AUGCUGGACUUGCUGGACGGAUUUGGGCAGGCCACUUGGGUGCUUUGCUGCCGAAAUGUGACAUGGACGCGUAUUCCUGCAGGGCCGCUUCGCUUUGAAGCUUUGUGGGUGGGAAAUCUGAAGGGCCAAAAGGUCCCGGGGCCCCAUGCUGGAGGCCAUCAGCAGGUGCUGGGCCUUCUGCCAGCUGGAAACUGCUGCAAGCCUCGGUGGAGUGUGGAUGUCCGCAGGGAUGCUGAUGAUUUGCAUGGCACCACAGUCGCGCGCAGUUUGAAAAAACAGGGGGUUGUUCUUUCGCACAUGGGGCCAUCGUGA